ACAUCCAUCAGCGCCAGGCAUUGCUUUCCUUCUCCCUCCUCCUCCUCAAGUAUCCAAUUAUCCCCGCGUCAUCGCGCCGCCAGCCCUCACCUGGACAACACAACAACACUAGGCACUCCCAGAUGCGCAUCUCCUCUGCCGCUGCCGCCUGGGCGCUGGCCGCCCCCGCCAUGGCUGCCGUUCCUUCCUCGCCCAAUCAACACCCCAUUGCCCUCCAAGGCAGCGACGAUGCACCACAGCGACCCACCCGCGUCGCCUCCUCCGCCAGCCCCAUCGAGACCGGCGUCGGCCACUUCAGCGAGUGGUCUCGCGAGACGAAGCGCCAGUUCCUCAUCGACUGGCAAGCAGGUCGCUCGUCAGAAUGGAUCAUUGUGCAGGGGAAUGAAGGAGGGGACCUCGAUUCUAUGACGGCUGCCCUCACCUGGGCCUACCACCUCCAGCACGCCACCCAGAACUCGUCCGAGCCCCUCAAGGCCAUCGCCCUCCUCCAGACCCCGACAGACGCCCUCGACCUCCGUCCCGAGAAUAAGGUCGCGCUCGACAACUCCCAGAUGAGCUCCGGCCAUUCCGAUCUCCUCACCAUUGACGAGCUCCCCGAGGACCCAGAGACCCUCGCAACCCACAUCAAGGGCAUCGUCAUCGUUGACCACCCAAAGCCCCUCCGCAAGUGGCAGGCUGCUCCCAUCCUCAGCAUCUUCGACCACCACAAGGACAGCGGCGCCGGGCCCGAUGCAAAGCCCCGCAUCUUCGAGACGGUCGCCAGCUGCACCACCAUUGUCGCCCGCCAGAUGCUCGACGAGCUCGAAGCCCUGCCGGAAGAGUACCAUCUGCCCCACGAGCUGCUCGAGCUGAUCCUGGGCGCCAUUGCCAUCGACUCGGGCGGCCUAGCCGACGCCACCGACGAGGACCGCAAGACCGCCCAGCGUGUUCUCGCUCGCAGCAACUGGCGCAAGAAGGACCUUGAUGACCAGAUGGAGAAGCUCGACGACGAGCUCAGCGACGCCAAGAAGGAUCUCGGCAACCUCAUGCUGCGCGACCUCCUCCGCCGCGACUGGAAGGGCGACCUUGUCGACACUCCUUCGCCGCGGACGCCAACCGUCAAUCUCGGCUUCGCCUCCAUCCCCUACUCGCUCGAUUACCAGAUUACCAAGACAGGCUACGGCGAGCUGUUUGACUGGUUUGCGACGCAGGCCGCUUGGACUGCGCAGGUGGGCGCCGACAUCAGCAUCGUGCUCAACAAGUACAAGAUCAAGACCAAGGAGGCCAACGGCAGCAAGAAGAAGCGCAAGAUUCGCGAGAUCGUGUUGGUCGUGCGCAACGACGUGCGCAUCGACGAGCACCAGGCGGACGAACUGUUCAAGGUGGUCAAGACGGCGAUUGAGAACGACAAGACGCUGAACGUCAAGCCGUGGCACCGGGCAAACGAGCUGGGGCGGUGGCAGAUGGCGUGGACACACGAGAGAUCCGAUGCGGGCAGGAAGGUGAUUCGGCCGAUUGUCGAGGCUGCGGUCGAGAGCUGGGAUUGAGUGCACGACAUUGAUGAGUGGGGAUCACGAACAAGGAACACAGGAAAAAGUAUUCGUAUGAGCAACUUUAGAGCUAUCACGCCGGAAAAUUGAACCACUAUGAUUUAUGCAAAGUGUGCACAAUGUUCACACGGGAUGUCAGAUGUAGUCGUCGGCGGUCGGUGGUGUGUACUUUGGCGGCAGGCCGUCCUGAGAACCAGACGGGUCUGGUAGGGAAGGCGCCAGCUAUACAAGGAGAAACGAUCUGAAAACGA